AUGGACGAUAAACUGUAUUUACUAUGUACAAUUUUUGCUGCUCGUGCAGAUAUUACAAAUUCAAGUUUAUUGUAUGAUCAAGCUAAUGGUAAUUUUACACAAGAAUGUUUCGAUGCUUUAUGUAUUCUUUGGCCUGAACUAAUGGAUCCAAAUGGAUUGUCCUUUGUUUUCCAACAGGGCCCAAGUGAUGAUCAAGUCCAGUUAUCAGACCCUAAUGAUCUGAUGAUGAAUUUGCUGGAGGUUGAUAAUAAACUAAUUCCAAUUAUCGAAUUAGAACAUGACAUUGUUCAUGAAAGAAGUGAGAAAGUAAAGGAUUUCGUUUCAAAAAGAAUUUUGCAAUUAGAGCAAGAUUCUCUAAUCACCUUCGAUAAUAUACUUUCGAAUUGGUUGAGAAGGAGAAUAUUGGUCUGUGAUGAAUUCAAUCCUAAUAAUGUAUUAUUUAACGAGCCAUUAUGGGAAACUCAUUCUAAAGAUGAUAUAAAGUUUGCACAAUGGAUAUCUGGUAUAAUUAAACCAUUGUCAUAUUUGAAUUUAAGAUCAGGUUCUAAAACCCUUAAGAUUAAGGAUUUUGAAAAUUUUAAACCAGUAGACAUAAUUAACUUAAUUCUGGGUAAUAUUAAUGAUGACGAAUACAACCUAUCGAUAGAUGCCUCAAUUAUCAUUCAGGAAUUAAUUCCAUAUUUGAAAUAUUCAAAGGCGUAUGAUAUAUUUUUGGAUAUUGUAUUUAACCCCUCAGUGUUCAGAUUUGAUACAGCUGUUAAUUACUAUAAUUUUAGACAACUAUAUUCAUUACUAUCAAAUGAAAUACCAAUAGAAUUUAAAGAAAAAUUAGAAGAACUAUCAUUAAAGAUUAUAUAUGACAAUAGUGCCAAUAUGUUGAAUGUCACCUCAUCAUCCGAGUUAGAACAGUUAUUAACACAGUUUUCGCCAGGCACCAAGGUUAAAUCAACUUCACUUACUGCAAAUAAUCUCAAAUGGUUUGCACAUUAUAUGAAUUUGUGCUUUCAAGGAUAUUCAUUAAGUGAUAUUAAUGCCAUUUGCCAAAGUUCUGAACAAGAACAGUUGGCUCAUUUUGCAUCAAUGGUUAAAGGUAAAAUCUGCAACAGCCAAUCCCAACAAACUAUAGACGUUAUAUCAAACUUGAUAAGCGAAUCCAAAAUUAAGGAAAAACAAAUUUUCACAAACUUGACUAUUGAUAAACAAAUUUCGAUCUUUGUUGAGAUUUUACUAGAAUUAGGUGAAUUUGAUUUACUUCAAAAUUUCGUUACAUUAAAUAAUUCAAAAUUAGAGGAAAAUGUAUUGGAAAAGUACUUUUGGAAUUUCUUUAACAAUGCUACAAAUGGGUUGAAGUCAAGACCUGAGAUCAAAAAAGCGGAAAAAACUUUGCAAUUAAUGGAUGUUCAAAAUAGUACUGUUUACAAACAUUUGCAUACCUUAUUAAAAGUUGCAGAUACAUUAUCUCGCUAUUCCAUAAAUUUAGGUAAAGGGAUACCAUUUAAACCAUGUAAUAUUUUUGAAUUUAAAUAUAACCCAUCAAAACUGAUAUCUAUUUUAUUAGAACUAAACAGGGACCUAUACAAAGAUGUUGCCAAUUCAAUGAAUUUGAUAGAUCAAUUAGUUGAAGCAAUGCAAAUUUCUAGAGAACAUCUAGAUAGGGAAUCAGAAUAUAAUAAAAUUCUAGUCAUUCAUAUUGACCAUGCAUUGGUGAAUAUGGAUUUCACCUUUGCUUUCCAGAAGUCAAAAGAAUUAUUACGAAGAGAUAGUGUAUCAACCUAUUGGGCAACUGUGUUCCAAGUUUGUAAAUUUAUUAAUCCUAAUUGGAUUGACAGUGAGGUUCCAACUGAAUAUUUGAUAUUACAGUUAGAGUUAUUAGGUGACCUUUUGUCUGUUUGUCCUGCAGAUGGACUAGAUAUUGUUGUAUCUCAGUGGAGUGGAGCCGAAUUAGAAUUAUCAACUAGAAAUUUAAUAGAUGACAAGUAUUCGAUUGAAAACAUGGGAUCAGGAAAUGAGUUUUCACAAGCAAUUAAUUUGUUAAAUGACGUUUCAAAUAGUUUUACCAAUUUCUUGUCAGCUGUUAAUAAUAAUUAA